CAUUCAUCUCUGCAUUUGGGCGUUGGACUCCGCAUCUUACUAGCAACAAGGGACAUUUCUCCAUUUUGCAGCCUGUCUACAGCGACACGGCCACCGACCUGGGAUUUUAUUACUUCUAAUCACCUGUCAGCUUUUCCCCAGCUAUUUUGAAAAAUCCUCAUCAUUCUAUCGGGAUUUUGUUUUAAAUUUUAUCUGUGAACUUUUUCUUUGUACAGAGAGACAGAGACGGUGACAGCAACGAAGAGUUUUGCUUUUCAACAAAGAGACUUGUGGGUCUUUGUUCGUUUUUUGGAUCGGUUGAGUUUCUUUGUUGGAGCGAAAAGCAUGGGAGCGCAAUCGUCCAAGGCAGCUGGAAAGGCUGAAACCGUGGCUGAAAGGCCCGGAGAGGCUGCUGCUACACCCAGCAAGACCAACGGACAGGAAAACGGCUAUGUUAAAGCCAAUGGAGAUGCCUCUCCUGCAUCAGCCGAGAACAGCAAAGAGGAGGUGCAGGCCAAUGGUAGCGCCACAGCUGAGGAGGGCCCCAAGGAAGAGGCUGAGAAGACCGAGGCUGUCCCUGCUGAGAAGACUGAGGCUGCAGAUGGGGAGAAGGUAGAGGCAGCAUCUCCUGCUCCUGCUGAGGGAGAGGAAGGGAAGGCUGAGGACAGCGCAACACCCUCCGCCAGCAAUGAGACCCCCAAGAAGAAGAAGAAAAAAUUCUCCUUCAAGAAGUCAUUCAAGCUCAGUGGCUUUUCCUUUAAGAAGACCAAAAAGGAGACAGGAGAAGGGGCUGAGAAUGAGGCGGCGCCCGCCGCUGCGGUAGCAUCCACUGAGGAGGCCGAGGCUGAGGGAACAGAGGAAGUAGCAGCUGCUAGUGAGGAGGCCAAGCCUGCUGAGGGGGAGGCCAAGCCUGCUGCAGAGCAGACUGAGGAGGUAGAGGCAAAGCCAGAGACGGCAGCAGCACCAGAAGAGAAGCCUGCUGAGGAGGCCAAGGAGGCCGUGCUUGCAGAGGAGCCAAAGGCAGAAGAGAAGCCGGCUGAGCCUGCGGCCCAGGAGGUGCCUAAAACAGAGGAGUCCACCCCAGCCCCACCAGGGGGGCUGCGAGCUGCAGCUGCCGAGGCCACUGAAUAA